AUGGCGUCCUUAUCAUCCUCGUUAUUUAAGGCCUUGCCUCUUCCCAAAUACACCGGCGAAGAAGAGGCGAUAUCACAGCACGCUCAACAAAGAGGUCCGCGCAUCGUUGGUGCUGAGGCUUUGAACGAAUCUCAGAUAGUAUUAAAGAAAUCCGGUCCGCCACCCUAUGGUCGGAGAGCAGGAUGGCGGCCUCGAGGCGCAGACGACUUCGGCGACGGGGGAGCCUUUCCUGAAAUCCCAGUAGCACAAUAUCCGAUGGACAUGGGCAGGAAAGGGCAAGCAACAAGCAAUGCACUUGCUGUCCAGGUAGACGCCGAAGGGAAAGUGAAAUACGAUGCUAUUGCCCGCCGUGGUCACAACGACAACCGAAUCGUUCACGCUUCCUUUAAGGACUUGAUUCCUCUGCGACAGCGGGCCGAUGCUGGAGAUAUAAACCUAAGUCGCCCAAGCGAAGAAGAGGUGGCGGCCUCAACAGAAAAGACGAAGAAUGCCCUGGCAGUGCUAGUCAGUGGUGCGGUCGCUGCACAAAAGCCCAAGAAUGUUAACGUAGGGGCGAGGAAGGACCCGACAUAUGUGCGAUAUACACCAGCAAACCAGAUGGGCGAUAACACAAGGAAGAACGACCGGAUAAUGAAAAUCGUGGAGCGACAACAAGAUCCGAUGGAGCCACCGAAGUUCAAGCACAAAAAGAUCCCGAGAGGCCCACCCAGUCCACCACCUCCAGUUAUGCAUUCGCCACCCCGAAAAUUGACAGCAGAAGACCAAGAAGCCUGGAAGAUCCCUCCACCGGUAUCUAACUGGAAGAAUCCAAAGGGUUAUACUGUUCCGCUGGAUAAGCGUCUGGCAGCAGAUGGACGUGGCCUACAAGACGUGACGAUCAACGACAAGUUUGCGCAAUUUGCCGAAGCGUUGUUCACGGCUGACCGACACGCAAGAGAAGAAGUCAAGCAGCGCGCAAUUAUGCAACAGAGGCUAGCAGAGAAGGAGAAGGAGCAAAAGGAGGACCACCUUCGUAUGCUUGCACAGAAGGCGCGCGAAGAGCGAACAAAUGCUGGGGCUGGCCGAAGAGGGUCUCGCGACUCGAGGUCAAGAUCUAGAAGCUAUUCGGGCUCGGAAUCAGAUUAUUCCGCUAGCGACGAUGAUCAGGAGGUACGGGAGCGCGAGAAGGCACGACAGGAGAGGCAUCGGGAGGAAGAACGUAAACUCAGGCAAUCAAGGAUGGGAGCAGAAAGGCGUGUUCAGAUGAUGGCAAGAGAACAGAACCGUGACAUAUCCGAAAAGGUAGCACUCGGUCUUGCCAAACCUACUCAGUCAACAGAAAGCAUGUGGGACUCUAGGCUUUUUAACCAGACGAGUGGAUUCGAUACAGGGUUCAACGAAGAUCAAGCAUAUGACAAGCCAUUAUUUGCGGCGCAGGAUGCUAUUAGCAGCAUAUACAGGCCGCGGCAAAACAUGGAUGAUGGGGAGGGUGAAGAAGCUGCAGGUAACGAGAUGUUGAGGAUACAGAAAUCCAGUCGCUUCGAAGUACUUGGCCGCGGUGGUUUCAAGGGUGCAGAGGAUGCUGAGGAACGUGAAGGACCUGUUCAGUUCGAGAAAGAUAGCGGCGAAGACCCUUUCAAUGUCGCGGAGCUGAUUUCAGAGGUGGAGAAGGGCGGAAGUGGAAAGAGAUAUGGGAUCCAAGCUGACGAGCCACGUGCGUCAAAGCGCGCGAGGAUGGACGAUGAUGAAGAAGCAUGA